GUUGCAGACAUUACUGAUCCUGAAGUAUCAACAAGCACAGUUGGAACUGAUGCAUGCGUGUUCAUGUGGAUUGACAGUAACCAGGCCCCAGUUGUGCUGACCUUGGUCCUGCCCCGAUGGCCGCCGCCUGCCUCUGCCCCUCGCCCCUCUUUCCUCGCUCCAGCGCCGCACAGCACCUGCGAGCUGCCAAGACAAACAAGCUGAGAUAACUAUGUGAACAGACCUGUGCUGCAAGAGAUGUUGCAGGAAGUUCUUCAGGCUGUAGAAAAUUACACCAGGUGGAAAUUUGGCUCUACACAGAGAGAUGGAGAGCACCAGAAACAAUAACAGAUCACCCAUGGGCCUGAAGACAAAACAAUUAGGACGUUUCGGGUGCUUGUUCCACGGGCUUUUGCUGGUUCAGAUGUGAGGCUGUGACUGCACCAUCUUCCCUGAGCACAGUGAAAUGUCCCAGAAACCAAAGGUCGUGAUCUGGAAGACAUUCUGAUUCCAGGGAAUGAAUGAAGAAUGGAAGUCUGGACUUGGAAAAAUCCUAAUAAAUCUUAAUGAAAAGUUUCAGAUUUUAGCGCAAAGCAGACACUUGGGAAGUAUUGGCCAAGUAACUGAAAGAAAAAUAUUUGAGGACAAUUUUAUUAUUUACAAGUUUUAUCAGACGGUUGGAGAGAGACACAGCUCAUGAGUUCACUAUUUUAGAUACCUUUUCAUAAGUGCUGUUAUGUUAGUAAACAUCUGAAGAAUGUCAAGGAGGCUGGAAAGGAAACUAUGGUCCAAGGUGGCAGGUUGAAAAACACAGACUGUGCUCGCUGGAGUUGUGUGGGGCACACCCUGUGUAACUCUGAACAGCAGUCCUUCUCAGCGUCACUUAUGUUUAAAUGAACAUUCAAGAGCCCUGGAGAGCUGUGAUGUGGAUACAGAGCCCAGGUGGGUUAAGGAAGGUGUCCCUGUGGGGUGUGGAUGGCAACCCAGACUGGAGAUCAGAACCAAAGCAAAGUGAGAGGGUAGCCACUCAGCAGGGCAGCGGUGGUGAUGGGAGAGUUGUUACGAAGAGGGAGGAUUGAUCAAAUUGGUAAAUAUUCUGAGGAUUAAUGGAAGCCAUGUUUCCCAUGGUCAGAGAAGGAAAUUAUAAAUGUGGAAAGAGUAGAAUGAAUCCUACUCUUGAAUCCUGCUGAUUUCAAAUUGGAGAUUUUGGUGAGAGUCGGGGUUUCAAUAUAUGUACAUAGAUGUACAUGUAAAUAUAGAUGUAUCAUACAUGUGUAUGUAUGUGUUUGCACUACCGUAUGUAUGUGUGUAUGUGUGUAUAUGUAAACAUAAAUACACUCUUUAGAUUUUUCCACCAAAAUCGGCUGGGAGCAGACACCCCUGUAGCAAUGAACAUGCUAGACCCAGCUAUUAGAUUCUAUGUUCCAUUCUCCACAGAAAAAAAAACCAGACUUGGAGAAAUGGCAGAUCCCAGGGCUGGGUGGGACUGGGAAAUUGCAAGAUGGGCUGAAACCAAGAAGUAAGGAAAUGCUCAAAUAGUGACAGGAUGUCAAAAGGAUAUUUUGGUCAAACCUGGAGAGACUUUUUUUUUUUUUGCGGAACGUGGGCCUCUCACUGUUGUGGCCUCUCCCGUUGCGGAGCACAGGCUCCGGACGCGCAGGCUCAGCGGCCACGGCUCACGGGCCCAGCCGCUCCGCGGCAUGUGGGAUCUUCCUGGACAGGGGCACGAACCCGUGACCUCUGCAUCGGCAGGCGGACCCUCAACCACUGCGCCACCAGGGAAGCCCUGGAGAGACUUUUACAUCAAAAUAAAUAAUGAUGUUAUUAUUAAUGAAAGUAAUAAUGGGUUAUUCAGUAACCUACUGAGCAAAAUAGGAAUCCGUGAUCCUGUUCUGACGUAAAUAAAUCGGGAGAGGAGAAAGCUUUUGGUAGCAGAAUGCCAGCCUUUCAGCGUGGAAGGACAGGUGGAUGGCAGCAUCACCAGCGGGUACACUCAUAACAAUAAGCAACCCAAGAAAUAUCCAGGUAUGCUAGAGCCGGCAGUGAAGGUCUGAUGAGGGUAGGGCUUAUUUGCAGUCUCAAAACUUCCCCUCAUACAGUACUUACUCAUUACAAAGGGAAAAGGAUGACUUCACAGUGGGGAAGUCUGGCAGAUACCACAUUCAUCACGUGAUCACAGUUAGUGCAAGCCGAGGGACAAGGCAUCUGGUAGGGCCCACUGGGAAGAGCACAGCACCAGCUCUGUGACAUUUCUGCCAGAACUCUGUAUCCUGUGUCUAGACGUAAGGAUACGCGAGACAAACCCAGACCGAGGACUGUUCUACAGUUGUCUGAGGUGUCAAGGUUGGGAGGCCAGGGAAAGACUGAGAAACAGAUUGUGAAGGAGACUUUGAGAACUAGGCGCAAUGUGAGAUUCUAGGUCAGAUCCUUUUGCCCUGAAUGACUUUAAUGGGACAAGUGGUGAAACUUGAAGGGUCUCCAAGGACUAGAUGGGGGGUGUGGAUCUGUGCACAGGAGCUAAUUCUUCCUGCCUCAGCAUCUCAACACAUCCUCAGCUCUACUUCCUAAGAGUGCAAUAUACAAAGUGGCCACAAAAAGUUUCUUUUAGGGGCUUCCCUGGUGGUGCAGUUUCAAAGACUAAUAUAUUACAGAAUAUCUUCUCUGAUCAAAAUAAAAUCGAAUUUUAGAAAUAAAUAAUGAUGUUUACAAAAGCCCUAAUUAUUUGAAAGUUCAACAAUAUGCUUCUAAAUAAUCCAUGAGUCAAAAAAGUUAUGAGAGGGCUUCCCUGGUGGCGCAGUGGUUGAGAGUCCGCUUGCCGAUGCGGGGGACACGGGUUCAUGCCCCGGUCCGAAGUUUCUUUUACAUUUUCUGCCCACUUAGAGACGUAAGGCAUGAUGAUGGUAAGGAAAAUGGAAAAAUACGGUGUCAGUAAAGGAGAGAAACAUAAAAGAGGAUUUGGAAGAAAUUAUUUAGUGGAGAGUAAGAAAUGAGAGAAAUAUGUUCAUCGGUUGAGUGGUUCAGCCAGUGGAAUCAAUAUUUUAUUUGUAUCAUCACUGUCCUUUUAACAUCAGACAUUUGGUGCUUUGAUUAACUUUUUAUUUUUAUUUAUUAAAAAUUUAAAAAUUUGACCAUAUGUUGGUUCUGAAGCACUAGCAUAUGGAAACAGGCAAAACCAAUGAAAACCUUGCCCUUGGCAGUUCCUAGCUGAAUGCCCUAAUGUGACAGCUGCUUAGAAAUUUAAUUCUAAGAAAUAAUGAGGUUAUGCUUGGGAAUGGUAAUGACUAUGUUCAGCUUCUUCAGAGUUUAAGACUUCACACUGGCACCUUUUCUCAGGAGAGGUGGGAGGGAAAGCAAGCAGAUGAAAGAUGGAGCCUUUUUGUUCUAGUCAUUGAAACUUUGCUUUUCAUUAAUAAUUAUGGCAAUCCAAUACAGACUAUGAGAUGCCAGCAGGCAAUAUUUCUAAACAAUUACAUCUUAAUAUGUAUAUUAAAGGAAUUACAUUGAGGAUUCGAAUGAAUAAAUCUUCAUGAAUUAUAUUCACACAGAAUCUCCAAAUUCCUUGCAUGUGGUAGCGUGUUCUCAGAUCUUCACAGUUCAGUUUUCUUUUUAGUAGUUGAUGGUUCUUAUUUAAAAAUCAUCUACAACAUUGUUCUUUUUGCUCUAUAGGAGGCAGAAUGUGGACCUAUUUUAUUCUUUCAGAAUUAAUGAAUUUUGUGAUUAGCACUGGUUUCUUCAGCAAACGUGAAAAAUUUUACUUCCAAAUGGCUGUUUUGUUUACUCUGCUAGGGUCCCGUUGGCAUCCUUUUAAUUAGGUGUUUCAAUAAACAAAGCCAAAACACUCAAUUGUAAAAUAUGUUUUGUACGUAUUGAAAAAAAGUAUGUAUUAAAACGGAAGGACACAUUUAUCCCAGGAUGAAACUCCGACAGUGUUUACAUGUUUCAUAAGUUCUGCAUAGUUUGGGGUUUGCUAGAAGCAGAAGCUGGAUUCUAAUGGAAGUAUUUUACAACCUGGUGGGUAGUCCAGGACCCUGGAGAGCGACCGAGGGCAGGGGGAGAGGGGCAGCCAAUGAGAGCAGUGCCGUCCUGCGAGGCCCCUUGCAGCAAGGACCCAUUGUGAGUAACUGGCUUGAUUCCCCUGGGAAACUCUGGCCCCCCACACACGGAGUGGGGCCACUCCUGUGGGUGCUGGUUCUGCAGCGCUUCCUGUCUGCUAUACUUGGGUCAGCAGGCUCUCGUUUCACAGAGAUUCCGGGCACAGAGGGAGGAUGCCUGAGGCUGGAAGCCUGGCCGCUGGAUUAGAAGGUCGAGGCCUGAGGGCACAUGAAGGGAACGCACGAUAUCUGCUUGAAAAUCACUUUCAAUUAUGUAGAAACAGUAAGCGUUAACUAAAACGUCUGGAUAAAUGAAUGUGGAAAAAAUCGUGUCGCUACAGCAUACGCUGGUCGAAUGAAUGUCUUAUUGGUGAUGAAAAUGUAAUUCUUAAACUUACCAGUGUUUGCUUCUUUCUUUCAAGCUGAAUGUCUUUGGCUCUUACUAAGUUUUUUUCAGCAAUGGCAAAUAUUGUCAAGAGCUAACUUACAUGUUUAUGAUGAUGAAAGAUGACUUCUUGGAAGGAAUAUUCAUGCUCUGCACAGUUCUCAGUCCUCUUGGGGGGAGUGGGAAUCAGAACAAGGUGUCUAUUAUUUUCUGAGCUACCGUGUCCUCAUCGGUAAGUGAGCACGAUGCUGAGGACCUCACAGGCUCUCGUGAGCACUAGAGACAAAGUAUAAAACGUGUGCAUACAGCGAGUGCCCCAUUGAUGACCAGGUUGCCACCCUAGCAGGCUGUCCCAGUUUUUUUUUUUUUUUAAAUGAAGAGUGAUAUCUUCCCACCCAACUAUUUAAUUAAUUAAUUAAUUAUUUUUUUAGAUGUUGGGAUUUUAUUAAUUAAUUUAUUUUUGCUGUGUUGCGUCUUGGUUUCUGUGCGAGGGCUUUCUCUGGUUGCAGCGAGCAGGGGCCACUCUUCAUCGCGGUGCAUGGGCCUCUCACUAUCGCGGCCUCUCUUGUCGCGGAGCACAGGCUCCAGACGCACAGGCUCAGUAGUUGUGGCGCACGGGCUUAGCUGCUCCACGGCAUGUGGGAUCUUCCCAGACCAGGGCUCGAACCCGUGUCCCCUGCGUUGGCAGGCGGACUCUCAACCACUGCGCCACCAGGGAAGCCCCUGUCCCAGUUUUAACGUGCAUUAUUUGCCCUGAUGAAAAAUUUCAAAAUUUGAGUGAAUUUUGGUUUCAAAGUGAUGAAGACUUGAACACCCAUUGAAACAGACAGUCUCCCGGUCAGCGGGCUUAUCAGUGAACCAAGGUCAUUCCUUUUGGAAGGAAAUGAGGAUGUGUGAAUGCAGGAACUUCUGAACGCCAUGAGUCUCCAGAGUUAUGGAGAUGAGGUGUGUGUCACAACGAUGCCUCUGCAGAACUGGUUGCUUCCUUGGAGGAACACGUGAGCUUGCAGUCGAUCCCGGAAGACUAAAAAGUAUUUCACAGACUAAUAAUUCUGAAACGAGAAAAAAACUUGUCUCUAAAAUUGAAAUUAUUAAGUGACCUAGUUGCAUCAGCUUGCCUUCCUUCCUCCAUCUUAUUUUUUACCUUCCUACGAUCUGAGGUGUAGCUGGAAGAAUGAAGCUUGUGGUGAGACGUUCACCACACCAGCCAGUGUGGGCAAAGUAAGAGCACGAGCGCAGGCACACGUGAGGCGCAGGCGCUGAGCCCGCAGCAUCAAGCCGCUUUACUCCGUAUGAAGGCCAGUGGCCUUGCGCUGGCGGAGAGAAGUCUAGAGAUUAAAGAAACCUGACGUUCAAGAAAGAAAACUCCUGUGGCUGUUCAUUUGCGGAACAAGAAGCUACUUCUUCACUGAAAGUGCAUCUGGUUAAGAGAAUCACACUGGUGCUGUGCUUUCCUGGGGUGUCAUGAGGGGCGUGUAACCGAACUGGGCACUUUGGAUCACGGCGUUUCUCAAGAUUCACUUCUCUCCUAUUCUCUCCGCUGUGAGCCAGAGGAGUUGAAAAUCCACUCCCCUUCUAGUCCAGGCCCGGACACUCUGCCCAGAUCAAGCACCACCAUGAGAGAGGAACCCAUGAAUUCCACCAACAUCUACGAUGCCAAUGAGGAUUAUUUUGGGUUGGCUAAUAGUUCAGAUUACUCACUCGAUGUUGAUAGCUUUCUAUGUUCCUUGCAGGAGGUCAGAAAGUUCUCUGGGCUAUUUGUGCCACUCGCUUACUCCUUGAUAUGUGUCUCUGGCCUCCUGGGCAAUAUUUUGGUGGUGGUCACCUUUGCUUUUUAUAAGAAAGCCAAGUCUAUGACAGACGUUUAUCUCCUGAACAUGGCCGUCGCAGACAUCCUCUUCGUCCUUACCCUCCCGUUCUGGGCCGUCAACCACGCUACUGGCGAGUGGAUAUUCAGCAACGUCAUGUGCAAACUGACCCGGGGCAUCUACGCCAUCAACUUUAACUGUGGGAUGCUGCUCCUGACCUGCAUCAGCCUGGACCGCUACAUCGCCAUCGUGCAGGCCACCAAGUCCUUCCGGCUCCGGUCCAGAGCCUUGGCCCACCACAGGAUGAUCUGUUUGGUCGUGUGGGUGGUGUCGAUCUUCAUCUCCAGCUCGACCUUCAUGUUCAACCAGAAAUACAAGCUGCAAGGCAGCGACGUCUGCGAGCCCAGGUACCACACCGUCUCCGAGCCAAUCCGGUGGAAGCUGCUGGUGCUGGGACUGCAGCUCCUGUUCGGCUUCUUCAUCCCGCUGGUGUUUAUGAUAUUUUGCUACAUGUUUAUUGUCAAGACCUUAAUUCAAGCUCAGAAUUCCAAAAGGCACAGAGCCAUCCGCGUGAUCAUAGCCGUGGUCCUUGUCUUUCUGGCUUGCCAGAUCCCACAUAACAUGGUGCUUCUCGUGACCGCCGUCAACCUGGGCAGGACGGACCGCUCGUGCAGCAGCGAGAGGCUGCUGGGCUACACCAGGAACGUCACCGAGGUCCUGGCUUUCCUGCACUGCUGCCUCAACCCGGUGCUCUAUGCCUUCGUCGGUCAGAAGUUUAGAAGCUACUUUCUGAAGAUCACGAAGGACCUGUGGUGCGUGAAGAGGAGGCAGAAGUCGCUGGGCUUCUCGUGCUCCCGGCUGCACUCGGACACCCUCACCUCCCGGCAGAACAGCGAGACCGCGGACAACGACAGCCCGUCCUCCUUCACCAUGUGACGCCACCCAGGCUCGGCGCGGACGGGCUAACAGGCAGGACAAAAAUGCAUGGGGCGUGUGGACAUGAAGCCAAAGCGAGGGGGGUCUUUCCUGCAAGGUCAGGGCUGCACGCGCUCGGGGUGCCAGCAGGCACUGACGGGCAGCAUCCCCCAAACUCAUUUGACGGGGAUGCUCUGUGCCCCCGUCCCUGCUGGCUGGCAUUCUGCAAAACAGGCUUUGGGAAAUGCUGAAUGAAAAUGAAUUGCUGACAAACGUGAACACUUUCAGGAAUAUUCACGAAGCAGCCCUAGACCACAAUUUCUUCUGGUCGUCGCAAAACAUCCCACGGCUUAAAAACCCAGAAUGGAUGGGCUUCCCUGGUGGCGCAGCGGUUGAGAAUCCGCCUGCCGAUGCGGGAGAUGCGGGUUCCUGCCCCGGUCCAGGAAGAUCCCACAUGCCGCGGAGCGGCUGGGCCCGUGAGCCAUGGCCACUGAGCUUGCGCGUCCGGAGCCUGUGCUCCGCAACGGGAGAGGCCACAACAGUGAGAGGCCCGCGUACCGGAAAAAAAAAAAAAAAAAAAAAGAAAAAACAAACGAAUGCCCUCGUGUAACUCGUUUUAGGCAGAAGGUUAAACGUCUUUCCAUCGUGAUGGUUACUGUUGGUGUCAUAAUAGCAAAAUGGGCUGGCCUGAGCUUUAUCUCAUUUCCCUGUGAAAAAGUGUGAGUUUUUUCUCAUUUCUCAAGCAUGAGCUCAUAAAAAAGCAGAAGAAAAACAAGCUCAGAGACAGAAGAGGUGGCUGCAUGAGCACUAGAGACACUUGUCACGGUGGAUAAGGCAGUUGAGGUUGUAACCGGCCGUCAGGAAGUGUAAGUUUGCUUCAUUUCCCUCUGUGACUGGAAAUUCUCCUCUAAAAAUCCAUUAGACUGCAUGCACUUAGCAUACAGAAGGGGCUUAAUAAUUAUUUGUUUACCAGAACACAAUAAAAUUGGAGCUUAUAGUGCAGUUUAAAGAGUUAGUCGUUUAAAUUUUUUUUUUUUAAUAAAUAGAGUACUUUUUUAAAAAGAACCAGGAAACUUUACUGAGACAAUAAUGUAAGAACUUUUGUUCAUUUCCAUCAUGGAGUUGAAGAAAGCUGUGUGGAGGGGACUCUGGCAGUGACGAGCUUCAAAUUAGCUUCUCAGAGAGCUUGGAUCACGUUGGCUUCUGCUGCAGUAAAGUGGUUUUACCUAAAGUCUGAGCUUAACUAUGGAAUCAGUUUUUAACAAAUCUCUUUGCGUUAAAAGUUCAUAGAACUCAAGUUUUGAAAGUGCUUUGUAAAUAUAUGAACCUAAGUGGAAAAGCAUCAACCCAUCUUACAAAAACACAAACACGGGAAUUCCCUGGCUGUCCAGUGGUUAGCACUCUGUGCUUUCACUGCUGAGGAACCAGACUCGAUCCCUGGUCGGGAAACUAAGAUCCCACAAGCCUUGAGGUGUGACCAAGCCAAACCAAACCAAACCAAACAAGCAAAGAAAAAACCCACCGAUGCUUAUUAGAAAAGUCCUGACAUGAGCUGCAAAGAUACUGACGUGUAUUUAACGUGUUAUCUGAAACUUGCUCUUGUUCUUACAUGCUUCAGCUACAGCUCUACACGAAAUUCAACAUGAUCUCUUAAGAUCCAAAGCCUGUAUUUUUAACACAUGGUUUUGGCUUUGCAAAAUAAAACUGUUCUGUGGGUGAAGUAGGAACUGUCUUCCAGUCUCAGGGCUCCGACUGGGAGACCCUGUGUUCAGGGGUCCCACGUCCUUCAAAUCUGUUAGCGUGUGACUUCAGAAAUCAAAGCAGAGGAGGCGUUACUCAGAUGCUUCUUUCGGUUUGACCAGAGCACUGAUGAGAUGUGUGAAAGCGUGUUUCAAAACCGGCACAGAAACAUCACGCUGACUCGGCGAAGCUGGAAUCAAGGUCUUCUGCAUCUCCGUCUCCAGAGGAGUGAAACUUGCUUCUUUAUGCAAUAACCCUUUGCAGAUUUCAGCCAUAGUGAAUAAAGGUGUUUCUAAAAUG